AUGACGUGCGACAGGGAUCUGUUGGAGUCGCUGGCGACGGACGAGACGAGCGCGGCGGUGGAGGCGUUGGCGCGCGCGCUGGUGAGCGACGGCGACGCGAACGAGGAAGGCGAGGGAGAGGGAGAGGACGGCGACGACGAUCUGAGGAGGGCGUAUGAACGAGCGAGAGGGAAGAUGGCGGCGAGAGUGGCGGCGCUGACGGAGGCGCACGCGGCGAAUAGGGCGGAUAGGAUAAAAUUGUUGACGAAUCUCGUCACGGCGAGUCGGAUGGAGUCGUGGCAAAAUCAGUCGUCGCUGCCGAAUCGCGAGUGA